UUUUAUAUGCGCUUCGUUUGCCGCUUCGUACAUGAUAUUUGUGAUCUUUUGCAGAAACACGAAACCCCCAUCCGUGGCCGAUUCCAAUUUGGUUUUCUUGGGAGUUCUUUUGACAAAUUAAUUUGAGACAAAUUGAUUUGGGAAUUAGGGCAAUUAAAAAAAAAAAAAAAAGGUAACAAUCGAAGAUCAUAUAUUUCCAUAUUUGAUAAUCAUGGGGCGGCUGUUCGUAGAGACGCUGAGUGGGCCUAAGAUCUUCAAGUGCAAGUGUUGCAAGGUCGACUUUGCCUCUCACGACGACAUCGUUUCCAAGGACUUUCAGGGCCGUUUUGGCAGAGCCUACCUCUUCCGCAAUGUGGUAAAUGUAUCUCUUGGUCCUAUUGAAGAGAGAGAACUCAUCAGCGGAUUGCAUACUGUGAAUGAUAUCUAUUGCAGCUCUUGCCAACAGAUACUGGGUUGGAGAUAUGAGAAGGCAUAUGAACCAAGCCAAAAGUAUAAAGAAGGAAUGUAUAUUCUGGAGAAGGAACGGAUGUUGAAGGAGGGUUGGUGAUGCUCAAUACAAAACCAUUAUAGAAAAUAGUAGACUUUAGGCCAUUUUUUGCUCAGUUAUGAAUACUGAACCUAGAUUGUGCUAUGAGACUGGAUAUGCAGCUGCUGCAAGUUUAUAAGGCACCUUUUGGAUUCUGAACAGGAAAAUGCAAUUGUAGUGCUCUGGUCGUAUAGUUUUCUUGCUUUUGCUUAUUUUUGGAUGAACUUGGAACUCCAUUGAGUUAUUAGUGGAAUCAUGUCAUUUUCUGCCAAAUUAUAUUGGCUUUAUGUUCUCAAAAGGAAAGGAAGAAAGACAUUAAGCUGAUGGAUGGUAUCCCUCUUGUUCUGUAAUUUUUAACUGGACGACGAAAAGUAAGAGGAAUAAUCCUGAGUUAGAUGGACAAUAAAGUGAAUUGUUGAACUUUUAAUUGAUUGAUCCUCUUGAUUGGAGAAUA